AUGUUGUUAUUGCUUUACCAUUUUUUCCAUUCACGUUAUUAUUUGACGAAUUGUUUUUCCAAUUGACUUUACUUGUUUCUGUUGCUCGCUGGCCCUGCACGUGACGCUCCUCGCGCCGCUCUCUUCACACUGCGCUCGUAUACCAGUAAGUGUGAGUUGUGGUGAAACGUGUCCUCCUACUUCUGUUCCAGAGACCAAGGCUUGGUCAAGUCUUCCGUUACUAAACCCUUGAUCGAGGUACCUAUCUUGAAUCGAUACGGUAAAACUUACCCUGCUGUGUAAAUGAAGAAGUGCGUACCACCUAAACUUACAAACCUACAUCGUAAGUUCUCUUAGUGCUAACAGUAAUUGUACAAUAAUUGUAAAUUACAUAACAACAACAACAGUGUGCGAAUAGCCAAGUUCGCGGACUUUCGCCACACUCAAUCCAUGACUAACUAAACUAUUCAAAAACUUUCUCUGAAGGUCUAGUAGUAUUUAGUGUAUGUGUGAUUUCGCACACCAUGGCAUGAGACACGUCACGCCAGGCUCACCGUUAAAAAGCAUUUCUUUCAGCAAACGUUUCUUGGAACGUCAGUUGUUGGCGGUCUGAGAUAUUAUCAAUGAUGAUGCAUUUAUUUAGAGACAAAAUCGGUGAAGCAAGUAAUUCCCCAGAACAGUUGGGAGUUACACACACAGUCCACAUACAUCUAACAGCCGCUCGCCAACUAGCCAAGCGGAGCCGUUUGAACCGUGAACGCCGGGACGCGUCGUUUGCCCCGCGGUAAGAGGUCGCUGUUAGCUGAGCGAAGCUGUCCCGGAGACGAGUCGUCCGCCGUCGUGACGUCUUCCUUUUCCCUGCCGAGUAUGUGCGCGCUGAUAAACUUCACUCAUACACACUUUGAAUGAGCGAGCCCCUCCGCCUUUGCCGGAGCCUGGACUGGAGAACACACACGGAACGCGCCGACGCACGUCUGUAAGGAUCCGAAGCUGCCAUAAUCAUCCGUGUGUGAGAGAGUUUGAACGACGACACAGCGAGUGCGGCGCAGAGAGGUGCUGCCGGAGAUUUACCGAGUGUCACCACGCGAUACGCGCACGAGCCCACCACGACAGGACUGAGGACGGACUCGCCGCCCGAACGAAGCGGAGGGCUCCCCAUGAGAGGAAGACUUUGAGCAUGAGGCAGAGGAUCUGUGGAGCCUGAGCACCGUGACACAGGCAUCUGACCUCUGGAUAUUCCGGUGAAGCUAUACAGCUGUGCUCAGUACAGAGCAGAACCUCUGCCUGUCCAGCAGGGGCACCACUGAUUACAAUGUCAGUGCAGUGAGGUGCAGCAGGUUGUGUUGCCCCUCUUGCCAUGCUGGCCCUAGGGGCAGGACAAGAGGGCAGAGGGCGAGGGGGGCGAGCUGCGUGCAGGCCUCCCACCUGUGGUUCAGGUGUUAAUAUAAAGCAGAAGAUUUCGCAGUGGGAAGGCCGCAGCCAGCCAGACAGGGGUCGAGGUGGUGCGGCGAAAGACCAAAGAGUUGCCGUGUCCCGGACGCUCUCGGGAGACGUCCUCGAAAAUGGAGUCAGCCGUGGACCCCGGAACAAAGCCAGUCUUGCCAAAGCUGUGAGCCUGGGGCUCGAUUUCAGGGAAGCACAGGACAGCAGGCUUAGCAGGGCAUCAGAUGGCCUGGAGCACCACAGCUUCUUGGAGAAAGUAGCAGGUCCAGGUCCAACCCCUUGUCCAAUCCAGGACUCCACUCCAAACCCACCUGCUCAUCCCAACAGUUUUGCGGCAGCCGAGAGCCGCAAAGACACAAGGGAACUUUUGGAUGUGGGGAUGGUGGAUCUGAAGCUCCCACCCUCUGUGCUUGUGGAUGAUCCUGCAGCAGGGCUUCCUCCAGGGAACUUCUAUACCUCUAGGGGCUUCUGGCGCAAACUGGAAGGGGAUGAUUUGCUCCUGGAUCGGGCCUUUGCUGCACAGCCGCCCAUCGCGGUGUUUGAGAACCAAGUGCCUUCUCUGACCGGCACCCCUCCGCCUAAGCCGCAGCGCACCUUUCAAUACCAGGGAGUGGACAGUCCCCCUAGGCAUUGGGAGAGGUGGAGCCCACCUGCCAGCCAGACACAUUUCAGGAGCUGUUCCAGCAGGCCCCCUCCGACUUGUCCGCCUCCUCCAUGUCCUGUUGCCCAUGGCAAUGGCCUCUCCAGGAACAAAAAGAACAGGAAGUCAUUUGAGUUUGAGGAUGUUGUACGGUUCACGGGACAGCAGGGGUCUCCGGCUGAUGAGAGCUGUUCCUCUGGAAUUUACCAAGCCCUAUCCGAGGACAACAUUUACGAGGACAUCGUUUCUGACGGCUCUAGAGAGAACACGUAUGAGGAUGUCAGACUCUUUCCCAUGUGCCUGCCGAAGACCCUGUCCCCCCAGAGGCGCAACCACCGCAGCUCUCAUGCCCCUCAGCUCCCUCCCAAGCCCCUCGCUUUGCAGACACUCCCCGAGAAGGUUCAGAAGAGGCGAAAUGACAGGAAGGCUGCAGUGGUGAUGGCAUCUCCCAUGUCUUCUCCACCCCUGUGUAGACCAACCCUGCCUAAACACCAGCCGACGUCCCCAAAAAAACGUACUUUACCCCAGUAUGUGUACAAGAUCCAGGAGGUCUUCACCGCCAAGCGGGGCAGAAAGAGAGUGAAGAGCCAGGGGAGCAGUGGCUAUGAGAGUUCGGCUAGAGAGGAAACCAGUGGCACAGAGAGUGACCCUGAAGAUGACAGCACGGGCACCCCACGGCGCUGCGUCCACGUGCAGUCAACCCUACGGCGGAGACCUGGGUACCGCACCCUGGAGCGGGACCUCUUCCACCUGCAGCAACAGCAGCUUUUCCAGCUCUUUGUGGUGGUGUCUCUGAGAAAGAUGUCCCCAGGCAAUGGGUACACCCCUGAGAUCACUCAGCAGUUCCCUAACAAGUUUGAGAAGUCGUCCCGGCAUUCACGUGAGGCUGAAGAUCGCCUGAAGGCUAUCCCCAAGUUCUGCUUCCCUGACUCGCAGGAUUGGCGCCCCUGUGGGGACCUACCAAGUGAGACGUUCUCCUUUGUGCUGACGGGGGAAGAUGGCAGCCGCUUGUUUGGUUACUGCCGAAAGAUUCUGCCUAGUGGGAAGGGGAAGAGACUGCCUGAGGUUCACUGUAUCGUCAGCAGACUGGGCUGCUUCAACCUCUUCGCCAAGGUCCUGGAAGAAGUUGAGAGGCGCAGAGAGGUCUCCCCAGCUUUGGUACACCCCUUCAUGCGCAGUCUCAUGGAAGCACCUUUUCCAGCCCCUGGCCGCACCAUCACUGUCAAGAGCUUCCUGCCUGGCUCCGGGAACGAGGUACUGACGCUGUGGCGGCCUGUGGACUCGCGCCUGGAGCACGUGGACUUCCAGAGCCUACUUCAGUGCCUCACUGUGGACCAGUUGCUGCAGGUCUUUGCCUCACUACUGCUGGAGAGGAGAGUUAUCUUUGUUGCAGACAAACUCAGCACACUGUCCCGCUGUGCCCAUGCCGCCCUGGCGCUGCUCUACCCCUUUACCUGGCAGCACACCUUUGUGCCUGUGUUGCCCGCCAGCAUGCUGGACAUCUGCUGCUCGCCCACGCCUUUCCUCAUGGGGGUGUUGCUGCCCUCACUACCCCAGCUGCUGGAGUUGCCCAUUGAGGAGGUGCUCAUAGUGGACCUGUGUGCGGACAGAUUUGUCAAACAGUUGGGAGAUGAGGACUGCAUUCUGCCCAGCAAGUUGCAGGCUGCUCUGCAUGACAUCCUCGAGCAGAGGGAACACAUUCUAGGGCGAGAGGAGCAGGUCGGUGGAGAAGGAGAGGAGCCCGGCUUGAGCUCCCUGGUCUCAGAGGCGUUUGUGCGCUUCUUUGUCGAGCUUGUUGGCCACUACUCCUUGCAUAUGGGGGAGGGUGCAGGCGGGGCACUCGAGCUGCGGCGCGACGCCUUCCGCAAGUCUCACCCCUCCCGCGGAGCACGCCAGUUCCUGCAGCUCUUUAUGGACACGCAGAUGUUCGCUGGGUUCAUCCAGGACCGCGAGCUGCGCAAGGGUGGAGUGAAGGGCUUGUUUGAAGUCAGGGCUGCAGAAUAUCUGGAGUCCAAUCCACCCCCCGAACCCAGUGGGGUCAACAAGUUUCUCAAGGGACUGGGAAACAAAAUGAAAUUCCUGCAGAAGAAGUAGAAGUAUGCACUGGGGCAUAUGGAGAGGACCUCCUAUGCUGUCCAUCUGGCCCUGGACCGGAUUGAGCCUGACCCCUCUGUGAUAUGCCGACCGGAGCAAGAACAACGGAAUGGAGCUCUCAGCCUCUUCCUAGCCGCACCCAUUUGAAAGGCAUCCCGCCAAAGUGUGGCUUAAAGCAGACUGGAACUGGAAAUGAGUGUUUUUUUUUUGUGUAUGUGUGGGUUUUAUAUAUAAUAUAUAUAUAUAUAUAUAUAAAAAAUACGCAGGCCUCAAAGAGCAGUUUACUGUAAUGCUGUGGCAACUGUUUAUGCCCCCUGGCCUCUAACCCUGGUGCUUUUUCUCACUUGGGCUUUCAUUGCUGCCAUUAAAGUAACUCUGAAUAACUGGAGCCAGUGUAAACUAAGCUGUUGUUGGUGAUGAUGUUGCUAUUUAAGUCACUUUAAGUCUGUCCUCGUCAUGAGGACACAAUGUGUUUUUUGAUGCCCUUCCUAAAGCUGGCUGAGAUUGUGAACACUGUGUCCGUUGAGGCCUUCCGAGAUGCAGUUUCUUGGCAGUGGCCAGCUGAAUUGUUUACAGUGCUGUCUGCCUCUUCCUAAGGCACAAUGUGAAAAGUUCAAGAAUCCCCUGUCAGUGCUCCCCAAGUGUAUCUUGCAUGUGACUCUUGUGAGACUUAAGACUUCCAUGUCAACUUGUAAUUUGCAUUAAUUUAACACAGAGCUCGCCAGCACUUUUAACUUAAUUUUUUGUAAUUGUUUUAUCUAAUGCUUCACAUUUAGCCCAACACUAGCUCCUUUGAAUGCCUCAAACAUUAUCCUCCUUUCCAUGAAGGCCCUAGGCGGAGAGGAGGAUGAAGGACUAUUAGAAAAUAGAUGUCUUUUUUUUCAGUUUUUGCCCAUUGAUACAUUAAGCUUUUUACAUCCUUCAAUCCACUCUUGUUUUACUCCAAUAAGGCCAUGAAAUUAACAAUGAAGAAACACUGUUACUGUUACUUCUUUCUUAAGGCUUUUGCUGUAUUAUGUCGCUUUCAUGUUGCCCUCUCACUGUUAUUCCCUCUGUGGUUGUUUACAUGGGACCACAUCAGACCACAGUGAUUAACCUCCACGUUUCCUUCGCAGCGCUCAUCUCUUUCAUAUAACUAGUCUUUUGUGCUUUGAUACGAAUGAAUUAUCAGCACAUGAAGAAAUUUCUGUACAGGAUUUUAUAUUUUUUGAAGUUGUGAAAUAUCUUUAUGGUUCAAAAUAAACAAUCUUUCA